CUUACCGCCAUCCCUCUCAACUCCCCCUCCCACCAAGCCAUGUCAGACGCAACGAACAUAGGGCAGAGCAGCAAUAAGCGGAAGCGCGCAUGCGACUAUUGCAAAGCGAAGCGUGUGAUUUGUCACCCGCACCCAGAUGGCUGCCCCCGUUGCAGGGAGAAGGGCGUACAUUGUACUACGACACUGAAGCCACGGCGGCAACGGACGACGAAGAGGAAGGAGCCCGAGACCCCACAAUCCGCGGACACACCGAUGGAGCAAGAGGCGGAGAGCUCAACAGCUGCCUACAAUCACCGCGAUGCUCUCGCGCUGCAGAAACAAGCAUCAGCCAGAGUCCAUGCCUCCUCCGACUUCGAAGCCAUCCCCGGAGCGCUCGUGGAAGAUGCACUUGACAUCCUCGCCCAAAUGAUGCCUGAACACAGUCUACUCUUCCCCACCAAAAAAUACCGCACCAUCAUGCAGAAUUGCGACUGGGACAUCCGGUUGCUCGCGCCACAAGAGCGCAUACUCAUCCUCUGCUUCCUCGCCUUCUCGUCCCUCGUGUCCGUCAACCCCUUUUAUGUCGGGCAUGAUGCCAACGGUCAUAGAUUCCCCGACACGCAUCUGCGGUGGGAGAAGGUCAACACUGGGUAUAUGAAAGAUGUCGAUUUUCGAGAGGUCGGGCGGCGGCGGAGACCCAUCUGCUUACGCUUUUACGGGGAGGCUGUCCGUCAGGCGCAUCAGGACGGUAUCACGUCGCUAGCCUCGAAAGAGAACGCGGCGUCCUGCUUUCUCCUGAAUAUGCUUGACGUCAUCUACGACCCGCAAAGCCCUAUGCCGUGGGCAAAUGCCUUUGUCUGGCAACUCCGCACGAUAUGCGAGCAGGCUGCUUUAGACGCUUUUCGAAGUACGGGCCCUCGAGUCACAUCAGACGUCGAGAGAGUUCAGUGGCGUGGAUCUCUAUCGGCCAUCGCUGCGUACUGCGUCAGCACUAGUAAAAGCUUGCCAUUCUCGCGCCACGAUGAAACAGUGAUAGCAGGGCCUGAGCCCAAAAACAUCGACGACCUCCUCAGGAGGAUACAUGAGUACCAUCGACACCAUGGCGUCGUAGAUGCCCUGCACUCCAUUGGGGCAUGCUGCGCGCGACUGACCCGCGAUGCUAUUGAGGAUAUCAUAGGAGUCACCGCGCUUCAGAAGCCCCUCGAUGAGCUGGAGGUCGAGCGGCAUGUAUCCGCCGUCGAGCAUUCCUACACCAUCGUCUCGCGCUUCCGUAAAUUCAUCAAUAGCGUCGGCGAAAUACGCGAGCUACGCUUGUGUCUAUAUAGCACCUCGACGACAUUCACUUCCCUCGCGGUGGCGCUCUAUCGUGCCCUUCGACGCCGCAUGAAUGAAAGCGUGGUGUCAGCGAGCGGUCAGGCGGCUCGCUUGACGGCGCUUUGCAGGCGAAGCCGUGUUGUAGCUGCUCGCUGCGUGAUCGGGGCGGUCGCUGACUUGCGUGGGGUCAUCGCGGCGCAUUGGAUGGGCUUGUUUCAAGCGUGCGGCUUCCAGGAAUGGGCGGAGGUCUUGCUGACCCAUGAGAAUGGCGAGCCGCUCGACGAGAACGAGAUUGGCGAAGAGGAUCGCGUGGGGACGCUUUCGUCCUUGCGCGAGAUGUUGCAGUUCAGCAUGUUCAUGGGCAUAGAGCGAUCGCAGAUCGUCGCAGCCAUCACCUACGAGCUGGAUACGAUUCGUGCCAAAUCUUCCCCUCCUAGCGCCAUACCUGGCCAUUCGCCGACAUCAGACGGCAGCGCUACAGGAACGCUGGGCUCAUUAUUGUCGAGCGAACCACUUUCGUUCAACAGCACUCCAACGAUCCCGUAUGAAGUACCCAUGUUCAGCGGCGAUCUCGCCCUUGUCGCAGGGAGUUCCGCGGGCGCCACGGAUUGGUGGCACCAUGCGCCGGAAGCGAAUUGGAACGACUUGUCGAGUUGGAUGGGCGUAGAAGGCUCUUCGAGUAAUUCUUGGAUUAUAGACGGUACUGGGUUUCUAAAUGACGCCAGUGGACUUUGAUACGCCGUCUUAUCGAGAGGACCCUCGCAGUGCGAUGUUCAACAAUCCUCACCUGACUUCCUCG